AUGCUCUCCCUUGCUCGGCCAUGGUGCCAGAGGUUCCCAAUACUUCAAGCUACCUAUAACACCGCCCUACGAGCGAGCUCAACUCCUCCAUUCCAUACCCUCCCAUGCAGGAGAUACUACGGCGGUAUAAUACGAGCGAUUGUCUCGAAACAUGUUGAAAGCAUCUCCGAUACCCUCAGUCCAGUUCUUCCACCGAACCUACGGAAGCGACCUGACAUCGACCGUUAUGGCGCAGCACAGUCUGAGAUCAGAUAUACAGCCAGCUCACGCAUAUCGAAUGCCAACGAGACCAAACCAAUUGAACUAGAAGAUGACGUCUCGACUACAAAGAGCGACAGGGACCUUGACGCCGAGUCGAGUAUUCAGACCCAAGUCCGCCGGUUGAUGCGACUGGUACCUCAUCCUGUUGCAAUUGUUACUUCGACAGAGCCCCAUUCUCCACCCAAUGCAGCAUUCAGAGGAAUGACCGUCUCUUCGUUCAACACUGUGACACUUAACCCAGCGCCGGUGAUAUCGUUUAACGUGAAAACCCCAUCGGAGACAUACAACGCUAUAUGUUCUUCUUCACGGUUCCUCGUCCACCUGCUAUCUCCAAGUGAGAAUAUGGCGAGGCUAGCAUUGGAGUUUUCAAAGGGAUAUGAAAAUGUGGCCUUGAAAGUGAACAGGCAGGACGUACCGUUCUUUCGGUUUACUGCACCUGGUGAUGUCAAGGCACUACCAUCUGUCCAGAGCGGGGAGCCACCCCGUCUGGUGAUUAAUGGGCAAGAGGAAGAUCCGAAGGCGCAACGGUCCCACUUCCCAUUCAUAUUCGAGUGUCAGUACCUGCCACAGAGCACACGAGUCGGGGACCAUGUGGUCGUCUUCGGCACAGUGAUGAAUGUCUUUUCCGACCAGGGUGUGAAGGGUGACGCCGUACACUCGGCGAGAGAAUUAUGUCUUUCCUACGCAGACACCAGGUUUUGGGGAAUGGGUGAUACUAUCUCGCCUGCUCCUACGCUCUCCAAGUAA